AUGAGCACCCAGGAUAACAAUACCGACGGCAUUCAAACCAUCGCCAUGGACAUGGGCCGUCUUUUCAUGAACGAUCUUUAUUCGGACGUAGUUUUCCUGGUGGAGGAUCAGCGGCUUCCAGCCCAUCGUCUCGUUUUGGCGGCGCGCUGUGAGUACUUUCGAGCCAUGCUCUACGGGGACAUGGCCGAGUCAAAGAAACAUGAAAUUCAGCUGGAGGUGCCGCUGGAGGCUUUCAAGUCAAUCCUCGAGUACCUUUACUCGGACAAGCUUACUUUUGCCAAAAUUGGUAUGGAUAAGACAUUAGAUGUGCUUAACCUGGCACAUCUUUACGGCUUGGAAUACGUAGGGACGGCUAUAAACAAAUAUCUUGAGCAGAAGCUAGCUGUCAACAACGUGUGCGUGAUCCUGAAUGCAGCGAGACUAUACGAUAUGCCCGAACUGACCAACAAAUGCUUAGAUUUUAUGAAUACCAAUUCGCUCGCCUUACUCCAAAGCGACUCCAUCCAAAUGCUCUCCAAGGAGGCAUUUGGGGAACUCUUGCGCCAAGACCACUUCUUUGCACCCGAAGUGGAACUCUUUCGGUCUUUAUGCAAAUGGAGGGAGAACAAACCGAGCGAGGACAGCCAGACGCUACUUUCCCUCGUACGUCUUCCGCUCAUGAGUGUCCAUGAACUGUUGCACGUGGUGCGACCCUCUGGCAUAUUCAAACUGGACGACGUAGUGGACGCCAUUGAUAAAGUGAACAUCGGAAAGAAUCUGCCCUAUCGAGCCACCAAAUUGCCGGGGGUGUCACUUGACGAGACCCACUGGGAUUCUGUGGGAACGGGAUUUGUUUGUCGGUUUACGGCGCGUCCCGUUUGCUUCAUUCGUGUGGAGCAGUGCAGUCCUUGUACAGUGGUGGCCAUUUACGAAGAGUAG